CUCGCUGGGCGGGAGGUGGGGGCCUGCCUCCCGCUGGGCUCGUGCGUCCUGCGAUCGCCGUGGCGGCGCGAGCCCGCCGGCUCCGGAUUGUCCUGUGUGGCGGCGGCGGUCGCUGCCUUCCUGCCUCGGGCCGGGCUGCAGGCCGGAGCGAGCGCCUCCCAAGGACCGCGGCCGCCCAGGGCAGAAACAACUUACAAGGUAUACAUAAAUCUUAUUAGACACGUGGCUGCAGGCCGUUUGACUGGAAUUCCCUGCGGCUUUCUGAGGGCGGAGUCCUAGCCUGUAUCCUGCACCAUGCCGGCUUUGUCUACAGGAUCUGGUAGUGACACAGGUCUGUAUGAGCUGUUGACUGCUCUGCCAGCCCAGCUGCAGCCACAUGUAGAUAGCCAGGAAGACCUGACCUUCCUCUGGGAUAUGUUUGGUGAAAAAUGCCUGCAUUCACUGGUAAAGAUUCAUGAAAAACUACGCUACUAUGAGAAGCAAAGCCCUGUGCCCAUUCUCCAUGGUGCGGCAGCCUUGGCUAAUGACCUGGCUGAAGAGCUUCAGAACAAGCCAUUAAACAGUGAGAUCAGAGAGCUGUUGAAACUGCUGUCAAAACCCAAUGUGAAGGCUUUGCUCUCUGUACAUGAUACUGUGGCUCAGAAGAACUAUGACCCGGUAUUGCCUCCUAUGCCUGAAGAUAUUGAUGAUGAGGAAGACUCUGUGAAAAUAAUUCGUCUGGUAAAAAACAGAGAACCCUUGGGUGCCACCAUCAAGAAGGACGAGCAGACUGGGGCGAUUGUUGUGGCCAGAAUCAUGAGAGGAGGGGCUGCAGACAGAAGCGGUCUUAUUCAUGUUGGUGAUGAACUUAGAGAAGUGAAUGGGAUACCAGUUGAGGAUAAAAGGCCUGAGGAAAUAAUACAGAUUUUGGCUCAGUCUCAGGGGGCAAUUACAUUUAAGAUUAUCCCCAGCAUCAAAGAAGAGACCGUGCCCACAGAAGGCAAGAUGUUUAUCAAAGCUCUCUUUGACUAUGAUCCUAAUGAAGAUAAGGCAAUUCCAUGUAAGGAAGCUGGGCUUUCUUUUAGAAAGGGAGAUAUUCUUCAGAUCAUGAGCCAAGAUGAUGCAACGUGGUGGCAGGCGAAGCACGAAGGGGAUGCGAGUCCCAGAGCCGGCUUGAUUCCCUCCAAGCAUUUCCAGGAAAGGAGACUGGCUCUGAGACGACCAGAGAUACUGGUUCAGCCCCUGAAAUUUUCCAACAGGAAAUCAUCUGGUUUUAGAAGAAGUUUUCGUCUUAGUAGGAAAGAUAAGAAAACAAACAAAUCCAUGUAUGAAUGCAGGAAGAGUGACCAGUACGACACAGCAGACGUGCCCACAUACGAAGAAGUGACACCGUAUCGGCGACAGAACAAUGAGAAAUACAGACUUGUUGUCUUGGUUGGUCCCGUAGGAGUAGGGCUGAAUGAGCUGAAACGAAAGCUGCUGAUCAGUGACACUCAGCACUAUGGCGUGACCGUGCCCCACACUACCAGAGCAAGAAGAAGCCAGGAGAGUGAUGGCGUCGAAUAUAUUUUCAUCUCCAAGCAUUUGUUUGAGACAGACGUACAAAAUAACAAGUUUAUCGAAUAUGGUGAAUAUAAAAACAACUACUAUGGCACAAGUAUAGACUCAGUGCGCUCUGUCCUUGCUAAAAACAAAGUUUGUUUGUUGGACGUCCAGCCUCACACCGUGAAGCAUUUAAGGACACUGGAAUUUAAGCCCUAUGUGAUAUUUAUAAAGCCUCCGUCGAUAGAGCGUUUGAGAGAGACAAGGAAAAACGCGAAGAUUAUAUCAAGCAGAGACGACCAGGGUGCCGCGAAGCCGUUCACAGAAGAAGACUUUCAAGAAAUGAUUAAAUCUGCACAAAUAAUGGAAAGUCAAUACGGUCAUCUUUUUGACAAAAUUAUCAUAAAUGAUGAUCUCACUGUGGCAUUCAAUGAACUAAAAACAACUUUUGACAAAUUAGAGACAGAGACUCAUUGGGUACCAGUGAGCUGGUUACAUUCAUAACUAAGGAAAAUGUUCACAAUCAUCUGUUUUUUUAUAUAGAGUGCAUGAUUAAAUCAGUUACCAUUUUGGUGGUAGGGUUUCUAAAUCUGUAACACUGUCAUUGGUAUAUAAUCUUGGUGAAUGCUGCUUUUGUUUGUAUCUUUUUAUAGCCUUAUGUCAAACACAAUAUGUGAGUGUAAGAUCCGAAAUCAAAAUUUGCACAGUACUGUAUUCUGAGCAAAGCUUUGAACCUUCUGGUUGUCUUUAAUGUACCUCCAUCUCCAAGAUGAGACUGAAGUUUUUAAAGAGAUGUAGGUAAAGUUCAUGCUUCAGCUAGUGUCAGGCAUGGAUGCUGCCAUUGAGUUUGCAUGUUAGCAGUGGGAGGUGUCAGCUUAGCAACCUGCAGCAGCUCCAGACAGACUUUGCUGUUUCCAGGUGGAUCAUCACAGAUUUAACUGGGCUGGCAAUGAGAAGGAAUCCUUAUUCCGUUCAAAAAGUGCAAACUUUUUCUUAUGUAUCCACAGUAUGUUCAGAGUUGUAUGCAUCUUAAAAAUCUUUCUUAAAGAAGUAAUUGAAAAUUUACCUUGAGUGAAUUUUCAUAUUAUAUAAUAGCUUGAGAAUUCCUUAUGAGUACGUCAGUGACUCAACAAAUAAGGGAAAAUAUAUUUUUAACAAUUAUUAUAUGUAACUCAAACCUUUCCUUAUGGCAUUAAUCUUAGUAAGAAUGGUAGUAUCCUGGGGCUAGAAAUGAUUCCUAUCAUAAAAAAUAUAGACAUGUUUUAUAUUAUUACCAAUACUGUUAAAGAAAAUGUGGUCAUUUUUCAAAUAUGGUAAAUAAAGAUAUGGUAUUUCAUUACCAUAUCUUUAACUUGUACUAAGUUGUGUUUAAGAAAACUUUUCACGUAGUGUUUACUUAUUUUUGGUCAUCAAAAUGAUUCUUUAACACUGUCCAGAUACCAUCCAAACCUUGCCAUUGUUGAAGAAGUUAAAGAAAGACUCUCAUAUUGUAAAUAUUUAGAUGGGAUCUCUCACUUUUCUUUGAUACUACUGAUCUCUAGCAAAUGAAUUCUAUAGUUCAAAGUACUAGAAGUAUCUGUAAGUUCUAUAAGAGAGCAUGCCUGCCAUUCUUGCAUGCAGUAAGACCCUGCAGGGGUUGAAAAUCAUUGCAUCUGUGACUUUCAAACAGGGAAAAAGAUGUUCUUUUUUGUUGAUUUGUAAAGAAAGUUUAGAUGUCAUGUUUAAAGAAAAAUAGAAUGUAGUGAAAUUUUAUAUAUUUAUGAAAUAUUUGAAAGGCAUAUUUUUUUUAAAUAUCAAAUAGGGAUAUUGAUGAAAUAAAUUGAUUGUAUGUAAAGA